GGCUUGUUGACUUCGAUUCCAGUCGACCUGCCUGUCUCCGCGGGGCCCUCAUCAUCCCGUUUUGAUCAAGCCAGUCAAUAUUCCGUUCCGCAUACGUCCGCACACUCUCUCGCGCCUCCGCCCGGCCCCCGGCCGUCUUGUUUCGAUCGGAUUCCUUCUGGUUUUUCUUCUGUUUUCUGGCAUGGAUCCGGUCUUCGUUGUCACCCGCGAAGAGUUACACGAUGUUCAGAUGGAGUUGAAGCGCGUUCAGCAUAUCCAGCAGCUGCAUGGAGAACGGCUACGGUCGCUGGAAAAGAGACAAGCUGAUGAUGCCGCCUUGAAGUCCGUUUGGAACUCCCCCUUCCCGAGCGUGCUCGGAGGCACUCCACAACACGGACCGGUGCAUAUACCGUCGACCGAGCUGAUUAGCGAUCUUGAAGAGGAGGGCAACAACCUACUGGGGUCUCUGCAACUCGACACGGAGGAUGAGCCGAUCCGGAGGGGGGCCGCCUCGCGGGCAAACAGCGUCCGGUUCGAUGAGAGUGCCUUGCAGGGAGCCAACUUGGGCAGUCAUGGCGGCCGCCACUCGGGCGACUUCGGCCCUAUACGGCCGGGGAGCGGCAUGGGUGGCCAUCAGAUGAUGGAGCGAUCCUACUCCCACAAGUCGGACGGCAGACACAGCUCGGCAGGGCACUCGGUUCAUUCGAUGCACUCGGGAGUGUCAGGACGCACGAGCAGCCUCGGACUCGACUCGACUUUCGCAAUGGGCGACCACGAGGACGACUCGCUGCUUGACAUGGAGCCGCCUCCCGUCCUGUACAUCCUAGGCUCGCCUCCGUCCAUCAUCCGCUGCUGGCUGACCACCAACUUCACCUCCGACGGGCUGCUAUAUGCCGUGGUGUGCACUGGGUCUCAGAAGUCGACUGUUGACUACUCGCUCCUGCGAGAUCUCGGCUUGGCGAACAACAUCCACCGCGACGUGGACGGGGUUCACCGGAUCACUCUUCCCGUGUUCUUGGCCGAGGCACGCGUCACACAGUCCAACUCGCGGUCUGCGAGCCCCGCGCCGCACCUGCCCAGUAUAACGGCGUCCUUCGAAGUGACGGCUAUGGACUCUCAGCAGGAGACGCCCGAGUCGAAGAAAGCCAUCCGCAUCUUUAUCGGCAGCCACACGCUACGAAUGCACGGAGCCGAUAUCCUGCUUUCUCGGAACCUCAUGACGCUGUACGGGAGCGAUCGCGACAAGCUUUCGAUCCCGUUCGUGCGGCCCGAGGACGACGCGGUGUUCAAGCACCUCACCACGGCCAACGUGGUGCCGAGCAAGCCCAAACUGAAUGCCGCAGCUCCGGAAUUCGUUGCCAGCGAGAAAUCUGGAAAGGGAUCCGAUCGUGACACCAAGGAGCAUGAUGUCUCUGGGCCCAAGUCCGUGGAGAGCGGCUCCGAGGGUGUGAGGUCGCCCACCGCGCCCGCAGUUCGGCCGGUCAAGGCAGAAACAAACGCAACCACUAGUACUGCGUCCGAAAGCGGGGAGGAAGGCGUGAAGCAGGCAGCUGAGCGCCCUGCACCGCAAGCUUCGGGAAAGGGGACAUCUGGCGGAACGGAAACGCACCGCAGGGAGGCGGGCGCAGCCCUCCGAACGCCGUGGCGGCAGACGGCGGCGGGGGCCGGUGAGAGCAGCACGCCAUUGAGCGGCUAUCAACCGGCCGCGCGGCCUCGCAACAUGAAGGUGCUGAGGCCGAACAAGGCCAGCACGUCGUCGACCAGGACGGGAGCGGCGUAUGAACAGGCACCAGCGCCGCGGUCCAGCACGGAACAGAGACGCAAGACGCAGGCAGAGGGUGGUGGUCAGGCGACGGUCGGCUGGGGUGGCAGUUCGAAGCGCAGCAUCAGUGGCCCCGCGUUGGGUAGCUGGGGAGAGGGGAAACAAAUAUCAAGCGGCCAGGAGCCGGGGAAAGGGUCGUCAGCCGCGCGGACGGCUAACAACCCUCUCGGCAGCGCGUCUGCAUUUUCCUGGAUCGCCUCGAACAAGCCGAAGGCGCCGCCAGCCGCAGCUGACUAGCCGCGGGUUUCUUUUCUGUUUUUUUUUUACUUGCGCUCUUGCUGUAAACUCGGUACGAGCUGAGCGGGGUGCCUCCGGGUUGAUGAAUCGAGCGCCAAGCGGGAAUAAAUAACCGGCAGCGGUAGGUUAGAUAAAUCAGAAAAAAACACAAA